UGGGGAAGAGGUGUUUAGUCAUAACCAGAGCCGUCCAUAAAUCAUGUCCCAGCACAAACUGGGGUUUUCUGACCAAUCAGAGGAAGAGAAAUGGGUAGGGAUUCUCUACCCUUGGAAGGCAAUCCAAAAAUCACAAGAUGCAGCUAUACCAGAGGACAACACUUGUAUUAUAGAAACUCAAAGGCAAAUAUUAAGAAAAUACUUUGUUUUCAGUGAUAAGGGCACCAAUCUCCAUGGAAUACGUCCAAAGAUCAACCUAUUUUCUCAAGACCUAUCAUGCUCAAAUUGUUCUUGAGUUCUAAAGCUCAAGCUGAGCAACAGCCUGUGUCCCCGUUGUGGCUUAGAGGCGAGUUUUUGAUGGCGAGGAUCCAGCUGGUUCGUGUCAAAGUGAGCUGGACAGUACUUUUAGCUCUGGCCCACCUCACGUACCUUUUGUUUGGAGCCAUCAUUUUCCAGAUUCUGGAACGGGAGGCUGAGAGCAAUAACCGAAACCACUUCCAAUUGGAGAAGUUGAAUUUCUUGGCAAAUUACACCUGCCUGGAUGGGCCAGCCUUGGAGAAGUUUGUUCAGGUUAUUUUAGAUGCUUGGGAAAGGGGCGUGAAUCCCUCAGGCAAUUCAACUAACCCCAGUAAUUGGGAUUUCAGCAGCGCCUUCUUUUUUGCAGGCACUGUAGUCACAACUAUAGGCUAUGGCAACCUUUCUCCCAGCACUGUCUCCGGUCAGGUGUUCUGUGUCUUUUAUGCACUGUGCGGCAUUCCACUCAACCUGGCCUUUCUCAAACAGCUGGGCAAGUGUCUUACCAUUCACCUAGGUCGUCUGGAGCGAGGCAUGGUCUCUGUGGUACUACACAAGCAAACUGUUGAGGUGUUAGCAGUGAGUGCCUUCUUCAUCACUGGUAGCCUGCUGUUUCUCGUCAUACCCCCUCUUCUGUUCAGUUAUGUGGAAGGCUGGACAUUUGGAGAGGGUUUCUACUUUGCUUUUAUUACCCUCAGCACCAUAGGGUUUGGAGAUUAUGUGGUGGGGACAGACCCAGGCAAGGAGUACAUCUCUCUGUACCGUAGCCUGGCCGGUAUUUGGAUCAUCUUUGCAUUGGCCUGGCUUGCUCUUAUUCUCAGCAUGGGAUCAAGAAUUAUGGCGCAUUUGAUCAGAAGAAACAAGAAAGAGGAGGAGGAAGAGGAUGUGUCAUCCAAUAAGGUGGAAGACACCUCAAAAAUUUAA